AUGGUAAAUAUUCAUGGAAAAAUUGGAGAGGAGGAGGAGGAUGGAAAUUGGUGCAAACUGCAGAGGCUUAUGGGAAAAUCAGGCUGUCUGUUGGGAUCUCUCAGGCCCGUGUUCCUGUGCGGCGGGGAGCACGUGGGCGACUCCGGGUUCAUCGCCAGCGAGGGUUUCCCCAAUCACUACCCCCCCGGCAAGACCUGCACCUGGACCAUCACGGUGCCAGAGGGCCAGGUGGUCAUGCUCUCCUUCCGGGUGUUUGACCUGGAGCCAGACCCGGGCUGCCGCUACGACUAUCUGGAUGUGUACAACGGGCACUCAGCAAGUGCCCAGCGCCUGGGCCGUUUCUGUGGCACCUUCCGCCCUGGCGCGCUGCUCUCCACCGGGAACCGCAUGAUGCUGCAGAUGGUGACGGACGAGGGCACCGGGGGCCGCGGGUUCCUGGUCUGGUUCAGUGCCGGCCUCCCCCACGUCAAUGAGCAUCAGUUCUGUGGGGGGAAGCUGGAGAAGCCUCAGGGCAGUCUCAAGACCCCAAACUGGCCUGAGAGCAACUACCCAGCUGGCAUCAGCUGCUCCUGGCACAUCAUCGCCCCCCCAGGCCAGGUGGUGGAGCUAACCUCGGGGAAGUUUGACGUGGAGGGGGAUCCCCACUGCCGCUACGACUACGUGUCUGUGUUCCACGGGGGCGCCAGCGACGAUUCCCGCCGCGUGGGCAAGUUCUGCGGGGACCAUGCCCCUGGACCCAUCUACUCGGAGGGGAAUGAGCUGCUGGUGCAGUUUGUGUCAGAUCUCAGUGUCACAGCUGAUGGCUUUGCUGCCUCCUACGUCAUGAAGAGCCACUCGGAGGCGACUGACAAGGCCACAAAACCAGCCCCCGGGAUCUUCCCCGGCUCCAAACCGGGCCAACCCAGCACCAAGCCUGCUCCAGCCAAACCUGCUGUGAAACCCAAACCAGUGCCCGAGCCCAAACCAAAACCCACCACAAGGGCACUGCCCGAGGCCGAACCACCCACUACGCAGACACCAGCCAAGGCUCAGUGCCCCCAGAAAUGCCGCAGGUCAGGAAGUCUGCAGAGCAACUUCUGUGCCAACGACUUUGUGAUCACCGGCACCGUGAAAACUGCCGUGCGAGGGGCCAGCGACCGGGUCACAGCCACUGUCUCACUCAUUAACACUUACAAGGCCGGCACCCUGAGCCUGCCCCAGGCUGAGAAAGGGGCCACAGUGCAGCUGGAGAUCCCCUGCCGCCAGUGUCCCAUCCUCAAGAAAGGUUUGAAUUACAUCUUCAUGGGCCAGGUGGAUGCCGAGGGUGUUGGUGAGCUGACUCCUGAGAGCUUUGUGGUCCCAUAUCGGCCGCAGCAGCACCAGGCCCUCACCAGCGUCAGCAAGCGGCCAUGUGCCGGGGCACCAAAGAAGAACUCCUGAGUCCCAGGGUGUGGGAUUGUCUGCUCCCAGGCUGCUGGGGGGGGGGGGGGGUGGG